AUGGCCUCCGCUCUAAUACCCGAGGCCGCCCCCAAGUUGUUAACCCCGGAGACCCUCCGCUCUGCCGCGAAGCAAUCGGAGGGCAUCCACCUCGUCCCCCUGUCCCUCCGCCGCGCCAUCAAGAAAUUCCUCCGAGAGCGGCAGAAAGCCCACAUGAACCGGAAGGUGUUGCUCCUCUCGGAGUCCUUCAGCCGCAUCAAGGACGCCAACCUCCAGCUUAUCGCCUCUUCCUCCCGGGAUCUCGUCGACGACCCCUACCGCCCCGUCGACCAUCGUUCCGCGCGCUGGAAGAUCCAGUCGGCCUAUGGGGACAUCGGUCUCAAGUAUAGGGAGGACGAGACCGAGGCCUAUGUGGCCUCCCGUAUGCCCGCUGUCUACUCCGCGUGUCAUCGCGUCCUCAGAGAGGUUCGUCGGAGGCUGCCGGAGUUCUCUCCGGGGAGGGUGUUGGAUUUCGGUGCUGGACCAGGUUCAGCACUUUGGGCAAUGCGGGAUGUCUGGCCUCGUUCUUUGGAGAGAGUAAAUUUGGUAGAGCCAUCUAAAUCAAUGCAAAGAGCUUGCCAAAGCCUUCUUCAAGAUUUGAAAGACUUACCGCUCAUUCAUAGCUAUGAUAGCAUUCAAGCAUUGAACCGUAAUCUCGAUAAGGGUGAUAGAGAGCAUGACCUUGUAAUUUCUUCUUACGCACUUGGGGAGAUACCGUCAUUAAGUGACCGGAUCACUGUAUUACGUCAGCUCUGGGAUCUUACACGAGAUGUUUUGGUUUUGUUGGAGCCUGGGACCCCACAUGGAUCAAAAAUUAUAACCCAAAUGCGUUCAUAUAUACUGUGGAUGGAAAAGAGGAAAUGCCGCAAGAGUACUGAUUCAUCAAGGGAAGUUUUAAGUGAUGUUAAAAGUAUUGCUGUUGAGAGGGCCUCACUAAAAAGUGGUGCAUUUGUGGUUGCUCCUUGUCCACAUGAUGGACGCUGUCCACUGGAAAACACUGGAAAAUACUGCCACUUUGUUCAACGGUUGGAGAGGACAUCAUCACAACGUGCUUAUAAGCGAUCUAAAGGUGAGCCACUACGUGGCUUUGAGGACGAGAAAUUCUGCUUUGUGGCUUUAAGACGUGGGAAACGACCACGGGAAGCUUGGCCGCUUGACAGUAUGGAAUUUGAGACACUUAAAGAACGACUUGCUAAAAGAAACCCUGAGGAUCUUAUUGUUGACUUUGAGGAUCAAUCUGAGACUGAAGCUGAUGAGGAAAGCCCAUUUGAAGAUGCUCUAGUCCCGUACGCUUCUGAUAUUUCGGAAAGCAGCAUGUUCCACCAAGAUGAAGAAGAAGAAGAAGAGGAGGUUCGUGCAGAUCUCGGAGGUGGUUGGGGUCGGAUUAUCUACACCCCAGUACGGAGGGGGAGGCAGAUACAGAUGGAUGUAUGCAGAUCCACCAAAAGGGAUGGAUCUGAGGGCGCCUUCGAGCGUGUGGUGGUCACACAGUCUAAGAAUCCUGCCUUACACCUUCAGGCUCGCAGAUCUCUUUGGGGUGAUCUGUGGCCAUUUUAGGUGAGUUCGUCAUCAUCGCCAUUUUUUUAAUUGUUAUUGUCCUUAAAUUCCCCAAUACUGCAUCAAAGAAUGCACUUAGUGUUGUAGUAUGGCAAUAUUCAUACUGAUCAGUGAAAGAAAACUUGCAAUUUUUAUAUUAUCAAGAAAUAUGACCUGUAUAUUAAGCAUUCCGGGUGGUUACACCAUGGGAAGUCUGUCAUAGGAGAAUAUUUAAUAAUAUGCAGGAACUUGGACCAUAGUUUAUCCACGGUCA